GAGUGCGCGCGACUCUGACGGACGCACACGCGCUGCGCGCGUGUGCGCCCGCAUUUCUCGAAAUCGCGGCAACCAUGAUGCUGUACCUCGAGGCGCCGUUCGGGCUCGUGAGCGCAGACCUCGAGAACCCCUUACACUUGGCGCUGCAGCAGCAGCUACGGGAGCCACACAACCGACAGGUACCACGACGCCACCAAGUCCGGAUCUGGACGACCGCCUGUCGGCUGCAGCGUUCCGGCGCAGAUCCGCAGCGACUCGCACGUUUCUGCGAAGACACUCUUCACUACAAGCCAACCUGUCCCGUGGAAUAUUUGCGCAUCAUGCGCCGGCCAUCCCGACCGUCUCAACUCAUCCUGCCUCUCCAUGAACGCAUCCAGACAUCGCAAAUGACCGAACCCAUAUCCUUCCAACAAUUCUGCGAACAACUCGUAGAAGCCGAUCAAAAUGCCGCCGUCCGUGGACGUAAACCCGGAUCCGGCUCCGACGGGCUCAGUGUCGUUGGCGAGGUCGAUGUCGUUGGUCAGGUCGACGUCUUAAGUGAAUUGAACAAACCCUGGCGCGGCACCGCACCAGUAGGUACCGUCGCUGCCGGGCGAUUCGGGGUUCGAAACGCUGUGCCGAAGGACCCCCGAACGAAACGCCGCCGUGGUAAAGGCGCCUCAGGGAAACACACAACGGAGAAGAAACGGCGUCCUGCUGCCAAGAAGAGUGUCGCCAAGAACCGGGCCACUGAGGAUCGAGCCAUUAAGGAUCGGGCCAUUAAGGACCGGACUAGCAAGGACGACCGGACCAGCAAGGACGACCGGACCAGCAAGGACGACCGGACCAGCAAGGACGACCGGACCAGCAAGGACGACCGGACCAGCAAGGACGACCGGACCAGCAAGGACGCGCAUACAGAUUCCUUCACGAUGCAAGAAUCGGCGGCCAUGUUCGACCCCGCGGGCAUCUUCAGCAGAGCGGCUAUGCUUAAUUUGGCAGCCGUGGUCGGCCCCGCCGUUGCGCUCGGUUCGGGCUCGGUCGCUUCCGGCUUUGCGCCUGCAGGUGGGUCGGUGGCUGCGGGUGGCGCGGGUUCGGAGCUGUGUUGGUUGGAGGAGGCGUGUCGCGCGGCGGCGCGUGUGCAGAUGGGUGCGUUGUUGAGGUCCGUGGUUCGAAUCGCGGCGACGACGGCGGCGGGGGGUGCGGUGCCAAGUCAGCGACUGGAGGCGUUGCCUCGGACGCGUGCCGCAUUAGUGGCAGCACUGCAGGAGCGCGCCAGUACGCAAACAGCAGAGACCUGGAUAGCGGACACACUACGUCCUGCAGCGCCAUGGCUCGGGCCCGCCCUCGGCCUAUUUGACGGUCCGUCCGCCAGUACGUUACUCAGUCGCUGGCUUAGCGGGGCCGCAGACGAGACAGUCCCCUUGUCUCAAGCGCAACAGACGACUGUGCCUGUCCUGGUUGCGCUCCUAUCCGCGUACACUCUCAGUGGGGCCCCACUCAUCCCCGAACACACACUUCCUCAGGUCGCAGAAUUCCUUAAAUACGUCGAAGUCGGCCCUCUCGAUUUGAGGAACUGGGACCCAGCAGAGGAGCCGGAAAAAGGCCACGUGGACCAGAGACGGCGGCAACACAUCCUUGUAGCUGCCCAAGUGCUCAAGUUCAUGCACAUCGAGCCACACCUUCUGGUCGACUUUUUGCUAGGCUCACUCAGCGCAGCCGAGCUUCAUGAUCUGCUGCCGCCACACGUUCGACACGACCCCCUCCCCGCUCACACACACGACCCCGUGCGUUGGAAACAAACCCUCUUGCGCUCCCUCAAUAUCGCCGGCGAGGACCACCCCCACGACUUGUGUCAAAAUUCAGCCACCCCGGAAUUUCCAUUGGAUGUGAGCUUACCUGUAGACCUUUCCGCCAAGUCUUGUUAG